UAGCUUUAAGCCCCCCACCCCCCGGCCUUCUUGCCGUUACAGUAAUCAAUUUCGAUCACCUCCAAGGCUUUCUUUUCGUUUCUCGUAUCUGUCCUACCACAAGCAUACACAACAUGGAUGAUUUUGACAUGCUAAAUACGCCCACCGCUGGAAACGGUGUCGGCUCGGAGGAGGACCCUGCUGCCGCGUUCUUGGCCCAGCAAGAGAGCGAAAUCGCGGGGAUUGAAAACGACGAAGGCUUUAGCAUCUUGGACAGCGGAGAGGUGCCCUCGUCGCUGGGAGACUCCAACGAUGGAGCUGUCAAUGGAGAUCUUUACGGGGAAAGCAAUGGUCCAUCAGAUGCUUAUGCAGCAAUUUCCAAUGCAGACCGGCUGCAGGCUGAACCGGAAAGCUUGCGCAAGUGGAGGGAGGAGCAAAGAGAGAGGCUGGAGGUAUUGGAUGCCAACUCUCGCAAGCAGGAGUUGGAGUGGAAGGAGAAGGCCAAGGUGGAGCUAGAGGAGUGGCACGCCAGGCAGAAUGAGCAACUGGAGAAAACCAAAACCAGUAACAGGGCAGCUGAGGAGGCCAUGAUUUCAGAUCUGAAUGAGAACAACCCCGGCACGGAGUGGGAGCGGGUGGCCCGGCUCUGCGACUUCAACCCCAAGUCAAGCAAGCAGGCCAAAGAUGUUUCCCGCAUGCGCUCCGUCCUCAUUUCCCUGAAGCAGUCCCCACUCGUCCGCUAGGCAGCUAAGCUCAGGGCUUCAUUCUAAAUCAUCCUGUAUCACCACACACCAACCCAACUACUGAUGUCCUGCCAUCUGUAUUUUGAAAACAAGAGGACCUGCAUCUCAGAACCUCUGCACCUUUGUCCUUAUCUGUUUUCCAUGGAGAGCCCUGUUUUUCCCAAGUGAAAGGUUAUGGCCAGUGGUCCCAUCCCCAUCUGCCUCCUCCUGGCAGAGAUGUAGAGAUUAGCCUUGAAGCACCAGCUCAUCAUUUUCUGCCCUAAGAAGGUUUUAUUUCUUUCACAGACCAAUCAAGUCCUUAUAAUUCUUUUUUCUUGUUGUUUAUUGUACUGAGAUCAAGGCCAGUUAGAUCUCCGUCAAUUCUUCUGGUCUGUGGCCUUGUGUAACACUUGUAUUAGGAUGGUUAAUUGGGACACUUGAAGGGAAGAGUUGAUGUUUGUUUGGGCCUAGAGCUACACUACAGCCUGCUUCACAUGGCCACCAAACAAUAUCAUUUCCAUGAUGCUGUACUCCAAUUCUUAGCCUGUCAGUCAUAUGUAUCCUUGUCUGACCGUUUUCCCAUCCUUAGAAAAAAGUAUCUUCAUAAUGUUUGUAAAGGACCAAACUCUAAAACAAAACUCCAGAUUCAGUGUGGGUACUUUGAACUGUGAGCCUGCUUGUGGCAUAUUGUGUUCAGUUUUCCAAUCUAUGCAUUUCCUUUUGAAAAGCCUCUCCAGUCAGGAACUGAACUAAGUCCAGUCAUUACAAUAAAUGUGACCCGUUUGUAUGUAUGUUUAAACAUCAGCAGUGUAUGUACUCUAUGUGUGUACCUAUGUACAGAUACAGAAGGCAAUAUAUAUACAGUAUAUAAAACAUUUGUCACUGAAAUUAGACAGUUGUGGUUUUAAAGGCAUAGUUAAUAGCCAACUGUUGCUUGACCAUUUCUGCUCAUUGUUUGAUUUCAAUAUCAGUAAAAAGUGAAUGAGU